UGUCCGUGCAUCUGUACUCUUACAGCGAUUGCAGCAUGCACGCCCGCACCGACGUAUUUGUUGUAGCUCUAUGAGGAAAUAGCGGCUGCUCCUGCAUCUCCGUGUCUCCGGACGGUCGUGGCUGAUACAUGAGCUCAGCGAGACCUACAUUUAUCCCCAAACGAGUGUCUGUUUGUGUUGCUCAUUCAGAGAGAGAGAGUGAGAGAGAGAGAGUGAGAGAGAAUACAGACACAUAUCUGUCAACAUCAGAGUUACUCUCCGCUAAGAGCCCACCGGACUAUUGUUUGGAAGGGAGUUGCUGUUUAAAGCGACUGAGGAGGACUUGCUUCGUCUCCGGCUCUUUAAGUAGAAACAUUUCUCCGUUUUGUCAUUCCCUGAAGAAGUUGUCUUCGUUUGGUGAAGUUUUGCCUAUGGGAUGCUGAAACACAUCAACAGCAGGUAGACAGCAGUAAGCUCACAGUUGGGCGGAGUCUGUGACGAGCGAGUGCUCCAGUUGGUUGCCGUGUUGCGUUUCACUGCGUCAUGCGGGCAGGAUGGAUGUGAAAGAACGCAGGCCCUACUGCUCACUGACCAAGAGCAGGAGAGAAAAAGAGCGCCGCUACAUGGGCUCGUCCGGAGACAGCGAGGACUGCCGCGUGCCCACCCAGAAGUCUUACAGCUCCAGCGAGACACUCAAGGCCUUCGAUCACGAUUCCUCACGUUUGCUGUACGGAGGCCACGUCAAAGAAAUGGUCCACCGAGAGGCAGACGAGUAUAGCCGCCAAGGUCAAAACUUUAACCUUAGGCAGCUGGGAAUAUGCGAACCAGCCACACGCCGUGGCCUGGCCUUCUGCGCAGAGAUGGGCCUCCCCCACCGCGGCUACUCUGUUGGCACAGGCUCAGACGUGGACACUGAGAACGAAGGGGUGAUGUCACCGGAGCGUGCCAUGCGCCUCUGGGGCAGGGGUGUCAAGUCUGGCCGCAACUCCUGCUUGUCCAGCCGUUCGAAUUCAGCGCUGACCCUGACUGACACAGAACAUGAGAACAAAUCGGACAGUGAGAACGGUUCUCCCAUGCCAUCCUCUCUCUCCAGUUCAUCAGUCACUGAGCAUUCCCAUUCUCAACCACCCUCACCCAAUCUCCAUGACAACCAGAGUUCCAUCUUAAGUAAUGCCACCACACAGGCGUUGAAGGACUCCGAUUCCGAGGAAGAGCACACAGCUGCUCUCUAUAGACCCAUAACACAGCCUGGCCCCAGCCACAGUUGUAAUGAGCAACCAUCCAAUCAGCACCAGCAGGGCCAAUCCACGCUGCCACCAGCUCCGCCCCCACACAAGCAGCAGCCGUUGGUGACGGCACUGAACCACAACACUCUGAGCAGCCGCAGGAACGUGAGCCCGGCCCCUCCGGCCGCCCUCCCCGCCGAACUGCAAACCACACCAGAGUCAGUGCCGCUGCAGGACAGCUGGGUCCUGGGCAGCAAUGUGCCGCUGGAGAGUAGGCACUUUCUCUUUAAGACAGGCACCGGUACCACUCCUCUGUUCAGUACGGCCACGCCAGGAUACACCAUGGCCACGGGGGCGGUCUACUCGCCCCCCACGCGGCCCCUGCCCCGCAACACACUCUCCCGCAGCGCCUUCAAGUUCAAAAAGUCCUCCAAGUACUGCUCAUGGAGGUGCACGGCUCUCAGCGCCAUGGCCGUUUCCAUACUGCUCUCUAUACUGCUGUGCUACUGCGUCGCCAUGCAUCUCUUUGGAUUAAAUUGGCAGCUGCAGGAGACUGAGGGCUAUGCUUUUGAGAAUGGACAGGUCAAAUCUGAUGCCACGGCAUCCAACACAGUUACUGCCCUGUCUACUGAGAAUAGAGUCUACUUUCAGGAAAAUAACACCAUAGACACAGGUGAGGUGGAUGUGGGACGAAGGGCAGUACAGGAAGUCCCUCCAGGAAGUUUCUGGCGCUCUCAACUCUUCAUUGACCAGCCGCAGUCCCUCAAGUUCAACAUCUCCGUCCAGAGGGACGCCCUAGUGGGGGUCUAUGGUCGAAAAGGCCUGCCUCCCACGCAUACCCAGUAUGACUUUGUGGAGCUGCUGGAUGGCAGUCGUCUGAUAUCUAAAGAGAAGCGGGGACUGGUGGAGGUAGAGGGAGCAGCAAGGAGGGCUCGUUCAGUCAAUGUUCAUGAGGCCGAGUUCAUCCGGUUCCUGGACUCAGGCACCUGGCACCUCGCCUUCUACAAUGAUGGCAAGAACACUGAGCAGGUCUCCUACAACACCAUUAUCAUAGAUACCCUAACAGAGUGUCCACACAAUUGCCAUGGUAACGGAGACUGUCGCUCAGGAACAUGCCAUUGUUUCCCAGGGUUCCUUGGGCCCGAUUGCUCACGAGCUGCCUGUCCAGUAUUGUGCAGUGGUAAUGGACAGUACUCCAGGGGGCGCUGUCUUUGCUACAGCGGCUGGAAGGGCACAGAGUGUGAUGUUCCUGGUAACCAGUGCAUCGAUAUUCACUGCGGCGGUCACGGGAUCUGCAUCAUGGGAAUCUGCGCCUGCAAUACAGGCUAUAAAGGAGACAACUGUGAAGAAGUGGACUGCCUGGACCCCUCUUGUUCAUCUCAUGGUGUUUGUAUUCACGGAGAAUGCCACUGCAAUCCUGGUUGGGGUGGUACCAGCUGUGAGAUACUGAAGACUAUGUGCCCAGACCAGUGCUCAGGACAUGGAACCUACCAGACUGAGAGCGGUACUUGCACCUGCGAUGCCAAUUGGACUGGGCCCGACUGCUCCACUGAGGUGUGUGCAGUGGACUGUGGCUCUCAUGGUGUGUGCAUGGGAGGAAGCUGUCGCUGUGAGGAGGGCUGGAUGGGUACAGUCUGUGAUUUGAAAGCCUGUCACCCGCGCUGUACUGAACACGGCACCUGCAAGGACGGCAAAUGUGAAUGCCACCAAGGAUGGACCGGAGAGCACUGCACCGUCGCUCACCCGGAGACAUAUGUCCAAGGAGAGAGGAUAGGAUUUAAAGAGGGAUGCCCAGGUCUGUGCAACAGUAAUGGCCGCUGUACACUGGACCAGAAUGGCUGGCAUUGUGUCUGCCAACCAGGCUGGAGAGGGGCCGGCUGUGACGUUGCCAUGGAGACACUCUGUGCAGAUGGCAAGGACAAUGAAGGAGAUGGCCUGGUGGACUGUAUGGAUCCUGACUGUUGCCUGCAGAGCUCGUGCAAGACUCAACCCUUCUGCCGUGGCUCUCCUGACCCCAUCGACAUCAUCAGCCAGAACCAACCAGUCAGCCCACAGCAAGCCGCCCAGUCCUUCUUUCAGCGAAUCAGCUUCCUCAUCGGCUCAGAGAGCACGCAUGUUAUUAACGGAGACAACCCCUUCAACAGAAGCCUGGUCUCCAUUAUCAGAGGGCAGGUGCUUACAGCAGAUGGGACACCCCUGAUUGGAGUCAACGUGUCAUUUGUGCACUACCCAGACCACGGAUACACCAUCACACGGCAGGAUGGCAUGUUUGACAUUCUGACCAAUGGCGGAGCUUCACUGACACUGAGCUUCGAGCGGGCUCCAUUCCUGACGCAGUUCCGUACAGUAUGGAUCCCAUGGAACAUCUUCUAUGUGAUGGACACCCUGGUCAUGAAGAAAGAGGAGAAUGACAUCCCAAGCUGUGAUCUCAGUGGCUUUAUCCGGCCUAGCCCCCUCGUUGUGACCACGCCCCUUUCCACAUUCUUCCGAUCCUCACCUGAGAAGGGCCCCAUCAUUCCAGAAACACAGGUUCUUCAGGAGGAGACGACGAUUCCUGGCAGUGACCUAAACCUGAUGUAUCUGAGCUCGCGGGCGGCUGGCUACCGGCCAGUGCUGAAGGUGACCAUGACCCAAGCCACCAUCCCCUUUAACCUCAUGAAGGUACACCUGAUGGUGGCCGUGGUGGGUCGCCUCUUCCAGAAGUGGUUCCCAUCGGAACCCAACUUGUCCUACACAUUUAUCUGGGACAAGACUGACGCAUACAACCAAAGAGUCUAUGGCCUGUCAGAGGCAGUGGUGUCAGUUGGAUUUGAGUACGAGUCUUGUUUAGAUCUGAUCCUGUGGGAGAAGAGAACAGCCAUUUUGCAAGGUUAUGAACUUGAUGCCUCAAACAUGGGCGGGUGGACCCUGGACAAACAUCAUGUUUUGGAUGUUCAGAAUGGCAUCCUGUACAAAGGCAACGGUGAGAAUGUCUUCAUCUCCCAGCAGCCUCCAGUCAUUAGCACCAUCAUGGGUAAUGGGCGCAGACGCAGUAUCUCCUGCCCCAGCUGUAAUGGCCAGGCCGAUGGCAACAAACUUCUGGCUCCAGUGGCCCUCGCCUGUGGAUCUGAUGGCAGCCUCUUCGUCGGUGACUUCAACUACAUCAGACGCAUCUUUCCCUCAGGGAACGUUACUAGUGUUAUGGAGCUGAGAAAUAAAGAUUUCAGACAUAGCAACAAUCCUGCACAUAGAUACUACCUAGCAACAGACCCGAUGACCGGUCAGCUGUAUAUUUCGGACACCAACUCACGGCGGAUCUUCAGACCUAAAGCCCUGAUGGGAACCAAAGAGCUGCUGCAGAAUGGAGAGGUUGUAGCAGGAACAGGAGAGCAGUGUCUACCAUUUGAUGAGGCUCGAUGUGGAGAUGGUGGCAAAGCCACUGAAGCAGUCCUGCUGGGACCCAAAGGCAUUGCAGUGGAUAAGAAUGGGUUCAUCUACUUUGUUGAUGGUACAAUGAUCAGGAAGGUAGACAGGAACGGCAUCAUCUCAACAUUGCUGGGCUCUAAUGACCUCACAUCUGCUCGGCCUCUGACCUGUGAUACCAGCAUGCACAUUGGACAGGUGCGUUUAGAGUGGCCUACAGACCUGGCCAUCAACCCUAUGGACAACUCCAUCUAUGUGCUUGACAACAAUGUGGUGCUACAGAUCACUGAGAAUAGGCAGGUGCGGAUCGUGGCAGGCAGACCCAUGCAUUGCCAGGUCCCAGGCAUCGAGUACACCAUGGGAAAGCGUGCCAUCCAGACCACUCUAGAAGGUGCGACAGCCAUUGCACUCUCCUACAGUGGUGUUCUCUAUAUAGCUGAGACGGAUGAAAAGAAGAUUAACCGUAUCAGACAAGUUAGCACCGAUGGAGAGAUUUCUCACCUGGUAGGAGCGCCCUCUGACUGUGAUUGCAAAAAUGAUGCUAACUGCGACUGUUACCAGACGGGCGAUGGGUAUGCCAAAGACGCACGACUAAAUGCACCUUCUUCACUGGUGGUAUCUCCUGAUGGAACACUUUAUGCUGCUGACUUAGGAAAUAUUCGGAUCCGUGCCAUACGUCGCAAUCGACCUCCCCAAAGCUCUUCAGGUCUUUAUGAGGUUGCGUCACCUGCCUCACAAGAACUCUACAUGUUUGAUGCCAAUGGAACGCAUCAGUAUACCAUGAGCUUGGUCACUGCCGACUAUAAGUACAACUUUAGCUAUAGUAAUGAGGAUGAUGUUACAGCUGUAACAGAUAGCAAUGGAAAUACACUUCGGGUCCGCCGUGACCCCAACCGGAUGCCAGUCCGCAUCGUUGCCCCUGACAACCAGGUCAUUUGGCUGACAAUUGGCACAAAUGGAGGGCUUAAGACCCUCACUGCACAGGGGCAGGAGCUGGUACUCUUCACCUACCAUGGCAAUAGCGGCCUGUUAGCCACCAAGAGCAUCCAAAUUGGCUGGACGACAUUUUAUGACUAUGAUAGUGAGGGACGUCUGACAAACGUGACCUUCCCCACGGGUGUUAUUACCAGUCUGAUUGGAGAGAUGGACAGAGCUCUAACAGUGGACAUUGAGACCUCAGGACGAGACGAUGAUGUCAGCAUCACCACCAAUCUCUCCUCUAUUGACUCCUUUUACACAUUAGUUCAAGAUCAACUAAGAAACAGCUACCAGGUGGGCUAUGAUAACUCCAUGAGGGUCAUCUACGCCAAUGGAAUGGACUCACACUUCCAGACUGAGCCUCAUAUUCUUGCGGGUGCAUCCAACCCGAUUGUGGCUAGAAGAAACAUGACCUUGCCUGGAGAGAAUGGACAGAACCUGGUGGAGUGGCGCUUUAGAAAAGAGCAGAACAAGGGGAAAGUCGAAGUGUUUGGCAGGAAACUCAGGGUCAACGGUAGAAACCUGCUUUCUGUGGACUAUGACCGAACGCUGCGGACAGAGAAAAUAUAUGAUGACCAUCGAAAGUUCCUCCUGAAGAUUGUGUAUGAUGCCUCCGGUCAUCCUACACUUUGGGUUCCCAGUAGUAAAUUGAUGUCUGUCAACCUCACUUACUCCAGCACUGGCCAGGUCACAAGCAUCCAAAGAGGCCCCACAACUGAGAGGGUAGAAUAUGACAGCCAGGGACGAAUUGUUUCCAGAACCUUUGCAGAUGGCAAAACAUGGAGUUACACUUAUCUGGACAAGUCCAUGGUGCUCCUUUUACACAGCCAGCGGCAGUACAUCUUUGAUUAUGAUCUCCAGGAUCGACUCUCCGCCAUUACUAUGCCAAGUGUGGCCCGCCACACCAUGCAAACCAUCCGCUCCGUAGGGUACUAUCGCAAUAUCUACAAUCCACCCGAAAGUAAUGCCUCCGUAACGGUAGACUACAGUGAGGAUGGCCAGCUCCUGCGGGUGGUGCACUUGGGCACUGGCCGGCGUGUCCUCUACAAGUACCGUAGACAGAACAAGCUGUCUGAGAUCCUCUACGACAGCACACGGGUUAGCUUCACCUAUGAUGAGACAGCGGGUGUCCUCAAAACUGUAAAUCUACAGAGUGAGGGCUUCAUUUGUUCGAUCAGAUAUCGACAGAUAGGCCCACUGGUGGACCGACAGAUAUUCCGCUUUAGUGAGGAUGGCAUGGUCAAUGCGCGCUUUGACUACACCUAUGACAACAGUUUCCGAGUUACCAGCAUGCAGGGAGUUAUAAAUGAAACACCACUUCCAAUUGACCUCUAUCAAUUUGAUGACAUUUCCGGCAAGGUAGAGCAGUUUGGCAAGUUUGGCGUAAUUUAUUACGACAUCAACCAGAUCAUCUCCACAGCGGUCAUGACAUAUACAAAGCACUUCGAUGUCCAUGGUCGCAUCAAGGAGAUCCAAUACGAGAUCUUUCGUUCCCUCAUGUACUGGAUAACAAUCCAGUAUGACAACAUGGGCCGUGUCACCAAAAGGGAAAUAAAGAUCGGCCCUUUUGCCAACACCACCAAAUAUGGCUAUGAGUAUGAUGUGGAUGGGCAGCUGCAGACUGUUUACCUGAAUGAGAAAAUGAUGUGGCGGUACAAUUAUGACCUAAAUGGCAACCUACACCUGUUGAACCCCGGGAAUAGUGCUCGACUCACACCUCUCCGUUAUGACCUACGGGAUCGCAUCACGCGUCUGGGCGAUGUGCAGUAUCGCAUGGACGAAGAUGGCUUUUUGCGCCAAAGAGGUGUGGAAAUCUUUGAAUACAACUCCAAGGGCCUUCUGGUUCGGGUGCACAGUAAAGCCAGUGGCUGGACCAUCCAGUACCGUUAUGAUGGGCUUGGAAGACGCCUUGCCUCUCGCAAUAGUCUGGGCCAGCACCUUCAGUUUUUCUAUGCCGACCUCAACUACCCUACACGCAUCACACACGUGUACAACCAUUCUAGCUCAGAGAUCACCUCACUGUACUAUGAUCUCCAAGGCCAUCUGUUUGCCAUGGAGAUCAGCAGUGGGGAAGAGUUUUACAUAGCUUGCGAUAACACAGGAACACCACUCGCAGUCUUUAGCAGCAAUGGGCUGCUACUCAAGCAGGUACAAUAUACUGCUUAUGGAGAGAUCUACUUUGACUCCAACCCAGACUUCCAGUUGGCUAUUGGAUUCCAUGGUGGUUUGUAUGAUCCUUUAACAAGACUGCUGCACUUUGGAGAGAGAGAUUAUGACAUUCAAGCUGGCCGUUGGACCACCCCAGAUAUUAGCACCUGGACCAGGGUGGGCAAGGACCCAGCUCCCUUCAACUUGUAUAUGUUUCGCAAUAACAAUCCUAUCAGCAAGGUGCAUGAGGUCAAGGAGUAUGUCACAGAUGUCAACAUCUGGCUGGUGACAUUUGGCUUCCACCUGCACAACGUCAUCCCAGGUUUUCCCAUCCCUAAAUUUGACCUUACCCAGCCCUCACUGGAAAUGAAAAAGAGUCAACUGUGGGAUGAUCUACCGUCCAUAUCAGGGGUCCAACAAGAGGUUAUGCGGCAGGCCAAGGCUUUCCUAUCCUUUGAAAGGAUGCCAGAGAUCCAAUUAAGCCGUCAACGCUCAAGUUGGGAAAAACCUUGGUUGUGGUUUGCCACUGUCAAGUCCCUCAUUGGUAAAGGUGUGAUGCUUGCCAUUACUAGUAAGGGCCAGGUGGCCACCAACGCACUGAACAUCGCAAAUGAAGACUGCAUUAAAGUGGCAACCGUGCUCAACAAUGCCUUCUAUCUGGAAGAUCUACACUUCACAGUGGAAGGCCGAGACACUCACUACUUCAUAAAGACCAGCCUGCCAGAGAGCGACCUAGGCACACUGCGACUUACCAGCGGCCACAAGAGUCUAGAGAAUGGUGUCAACGUAACAGUGUCGCAAUCCACAACUGUGGUCAAUGGGCGCACACGUCGCUUUGCAGAUGUAGAGUUGCAGUACGGUGCAUUGGCCCUGCAUGUGCGCUACGGCAUGACACUGGAUGAGGAGAAGGCACGGGUCCUGGAGCAGGCUCGCCAGAGAGCAUUGUCUAGUGCUUGGGCACGGGAGCAGCAGCGUGUACGUGAUGGGGAGGAAGGGGUGCGUCUUUGGACAGAGGGGGAGAAAAGGCAGCUGCUCAGCUCUGGAAAGGUGCUGGGUUAUGAUGGCUACUAUGUACUCUCAGUAGAGCAGUACCCUGAACUGGCCGACAGUGCCAAUAAUAUCCAGUUCCUGAGGCAGAGCGAGAUUGGGAAGAGGUAACAGUCUGCAUAGCAAAGGCUGCCCAAUGGACUACUGCCCCUCUGCUCCCCAAGUUCCUCUUUUCCUUGUACACAUUACCAGACCUCCCAGUCCAGAGACUGAAGGGAAAUGAUUUAGGAUAGAGAAAUGAGGAGCUGUGCCUAAGUGCCACAAACACAGCAAUUAUACAGAAAAAACAGAGGCACUUCCUCUUAUAGACUGUACCACAUCCCCGUCCUACACAUUGGUCCACACUAUUGCGUUGAAUAGUGAAUGGACUCUCUUAAAAGAGAGAAACUCGAGGAAAAAACUGUUCUGAUUUGUGUUUUUCUUCUUUUUAUAUUAAAACCUUAAAGGUGACUUGGUCAGUGAUGAUAAAAUGGAGAAAAAAGACAAAUGUGUUUACAUGUGGAAACCACUGCACACAGAAGAACUAAUAUAAUGCCCUGGUAAUAUAAAGGCAGUGACUAAUUCAGUGGUUCUUACUGUCUUGGGCAUACUCAUAAAAGGGUCCUUGCUCUCUCAAAUGUUAUGUCAACUAGGGAGGACUGUGAGCUAGUUGAUGGUUUCUCUCCUGCUUUGAUUUCUUAAAGGACACAGUUAUGGUUCAUAUAAUCAAAUCUGAGUACAAUCUAUUUCAUCAAGUGGUUAAUAGAGCGGAAACUGACAGAACAAAAAAAAAUAUAAAUAUAUAUCUAUCUCAUAACUGACCUGUCUUUUGAGAAAAGAUGUUAAAAUUAUCUUUAUGGAUUUUUUUUUAAGUGAAAAAAGUUUCACCUAUCCGUACAUCAACAUUAGGCGCAAAGAAAGUAAUUUAUGUACAGUGUUUAUACAUAAAAAUAAAAUCUUACAAAUAUUGAGACUUUAUUGUCUUGUCAUGCAUUACUGUUUAUACUCAUGAAUUUUUAUAUUUUAUCUUAUCAAAAUGUGUGGUAAUGCUAAUUGAAAUAAAUUCAGAUGUACUGUGACACAUUGUUUUUUCUCUGUUCAUCUUCUGAAAGCAAUUGUUGCCAUUUUUCUUUUCCAUAUCUUUAUUUUUUUCAGAAUGUCUUAAUACAUGUUCAGUGUUUUCAUGGCUUAAAGCCUCUGUAAUCAACAUUAGGUUUAGAGUAGCUGUUUGCCAGUUGUGGGUUGAAUAAUUACUAAACCCAAUUACUAAAAACUGGGCUUAGUAAUUUGCCAGAAAUCAUCUAAAGUAAACUAAAUUAUUUAUUUACAGUAAUGUCAUGGUAAUGGCAUUGUUCUGUCUUAUAAUGCAUUGGAAUGAGUUUCAAGCUUUAGCCUCACUUUAUAUCCAGAGAUAUAAUGGUUUCUUCAAAAAGUUUCCGCUCUUUGUAAUGUUUUAGAUGAAGGACAUAUCAGACUAGCAUUAAUGUGUGUUGCCAUUGGCAGCACGUAAAAAGAAACCUCCCAAGGAGAUUUCUCUGACUGGAAUUUUUAUCACUGCAUUUUAACCAUGACUUCAAAUUCACACUUGACAAGGAGACAAGCUCAAACUCUCAUGAAUCAAAAGGGUCAUAGACAUAGCAGCAGAGAGCAGUGUGGGCUGUUCCAGUAGGCAUGGGUCCCUAUGAUCAUGGUAUGAUGCCAGAAAUGAAAACUGUUUUUUUUUUUUUGCAAUAGGCCAACUUUAUGUAAUUAUAUAGCUAGUGGCAAAGAUGGUAAGAAGGGGUUGCCAGGAAAUAUGAGAAAUGUACAGAGAUCUAAAUAUGUAGAAGUGAAAAGUUAACUUCUAAGUUUGGAUUUGAUAUUUGAGUUUGGAGAACACAAACUUACAAAGAAGGAAUGAAUGGAAAGAGAAUUCCCUCAUGACCCAUAUGAAGGAAAUUGCUUUAGGAUUUAUUUUAGAAAUAUUUUAUAGACAAUGUAUUCAUCAUCAACAUGCAUUGUGAUCAGAAUUCACCCUGACAAAAAAAAAUAUCUUAAUUUGUAUGCCUAGAUGGACUGCCUCCUGUUUUGUAAAUGCUUUUUAAAGAUUGUAUAAAAUAAAAAUGUUCAGACUAAUGAAUGAUGAAAUAUUGUUUCCAUUUUUGUUGUUUUCCUAUGACAAGUUUUUUAAUCAAUCAUGUAAUUGUAUGGCAGAGCCUAUUUUUCUAUUUGUGUGUGAAUGGAGGUCUGAAGGGGAUGUUUUCGAGCUGUGAGUUUUUUUUUCCAGAACUCUGUAUGGGAUUCUCUGUGGUAUUAUUGACUGAUCCGGGAGAGUCUAAGCUCACUAUUAGGGUGAACUUUUCCUUCUUCAAAAAUGUUCCUUAAAGGUCUGAUUCACUCAUGAAAAUGUUUUCAUCAUUAACUCACCCUACGCCUGCAUGACUAUUUCAUCUGGGUUUUGCAGAAUGUUAGUCAAUGUCACCAUUCGAUUUCAAUGCAUAAUUUUUCCAUACAGUGAGAUUCAAUGGUGACUGAGUCUAACAUUCUGCCAAACAUCUCAUUUUGUGUUCCAUGCAAGAAACAUUCAUACAGGUUUGAAAUAGCACGCAGGGUGAGAAAAUGAUGACUGCAUUUAAAUUUUUUGGGUGAGAAAGCCCUAUAAAUAUGAAAUCUUAAAGUUGAGCUCUUAAUUCUAAACACUAUUAAUAACAUGAACGAGAACUGUAACCAAUGCAAUAUUAACAACAAAUUAUUUGCCCUAAAAGGUAAACCUAGAUUCUCCCAGUUGCUUUGCGAUACAGUCGUGUUGUUUGUUGAAGGAGCGGCCUCUCUUCUCAGGAGCCCUUCAGUCAGUUUACAAUGAAACAAAGUCCAAAUAAAAUUACUUUUUGGUAUUGUCAAUUUUCAAAAAGAUUUUGUCAACAUAGUUCAAAUAUCCUUAUUAAAAUCCAGAACUAGCAGUGAAUAUUUUCUAAAUGUCUGUGAUGGGAAGUGAGAACAGAAAAUGCCUGAUAUGUUUGCCAAUGAUUGCAUGCAUAUUCAGUGUAAAUCCAAUAAAUCAGCGGAAGGUCACAAUAAUUUUUUUUAUUACAGCAUAUUAGUGCCAAUAUGUAUGUGGUCUUUUGGUAUUUCUUUGCACUAUGAUGUACAUGUUUAAGGUGAUGCCUAUACAUUAUUGCAGUUGUCAUGUCUCUGGUUCGAUCAGAGGGAGAUUGUAAAAACUGGUUAUUACAAAAGGGAAGAUAACUGUACAGAAAAAUCACAAGUAUUUAAUUUCAAAAUUUCUAAUAAAUGCAGUUUGUAUCACACAGUUCACAGUCACUUAACAGUAACAUUACCUCAUAUCUGAUGUGAUAUGAGAUUUGGUUAGCCUAAUGUGUGCAUCGUGGGACUGAAUUUGUUGAGUUUGAGUAUUGAAAAUAUGAAAAUGCUGUGUGUAAUUAGCUUUGUUGCUUAUGUGACAAGUCAACGGUUGUUUUUUGUUUUGUUUUGUUUUUUAAUUUACAAUUUUUUUAACAGCCUCUAAAAUUUCUGUAUUUUGUAUGAUCUGCAUUUUACAUACUUGUUCCAAAGGAGUACUACAAACUGAAGUGAUUUUACCUGUAAAUCCAAUAACUUAUCUUGCAGUCUCUCAUUUGUAUUGAGGAAUUAGAGAAUGUUGUAUUAAUGAUGUUUUUAUUUUCUAUUUUCUCAUUUUUGCUUUUGUAUUGAUUUAUAGCCACGCAGCAUCUCAAAAAAAGCUCAUGGUUUUCAUUUGAUAGACACAUCUGUUUAGAGUGCAAUUAAAGUGCAAUUUUGAUGUAAUCUAAACUAGGUCACUGCUGGAUUCAUUACCUUUUAUCUUCAACAUGUUUAAUGCUCCACAGAGAUCAAUCAUAAAAAUAAAAUGUAAUAUUCAAAGGGGGUUUGUAUUUAUUAGUCCAUUCAAAUGAUCACAUAGUAAUGUAACACAUAUUACUGAAAAAAACUUG